AUGGAGAGACCUCGCCGGCGCCGAAGACCGGCAUUAUCGUGCCUGGAAUGCAGGCGACGAAAGAUCAAGUGCGAUCGGCAAGAUCCGUGCUCACAUUGCGUCUCCGUCGCGAUCCCGUGUGUGCACAAGGUCUUUCGGGACGCGCCCGAGACCUCCAACCAGCGGCAGCCCGUCCAAAGCAGGACGCAGGGCCAGGCAGCAGUCUCCUCAUCGGUUGAUACCCCAUCCUCUCGUGCCCAACGCCAACAAUCUCGCAUACAUGGAAUCGUGAACGAAACGGGCCGAGUGCCGUCCAGGCUUCUCGUCGCCGGAGCGGACAUAUCUCAGUCCACUCCAGCACCCGCACCCGCGGGGCCGACAGAAGUCACCACAGCCCAGUCCCCACCAACCACCCGUGCCGAAGAUGAGCGGCCAAGUGUACACGCUCUUUUACGACGGAUACAGCAUCUCGAGAAUUCUCUGGCCACGAGUCUCGUCCCUGCGCACUCUGAGCCUGGAGUGGAAUUGACUGACCGCCAACCGGUACAUCCAGAUACGCGGGUCAGCCUCUACAAGACCAGGACCUUGAAAUGGAGCUACUGGGUGGGCAUGGCUGAUGAGUUUGACCUUAUCAAGGCGUGCUAUUCCGCGGCUGGCGGCGGCCCCCUUGCUAGCCACGGCGAAACAGACGAUGACGACAAGGCGAACUCCUUCCAUGGGCCGAAGAUUGAAUCUAUGCUUGAAGAAAAUGGGGGACCUCCUGCGCAAGACCAAAGUGCAUGGCUGUCCGGCCCGCUGGAAAAAGAUCGCCUGGACGUCAGCGGGCUCCAGGUCUCCUGCUUGGUGAUCCCUGCCCGACAGAUCUUCUCAAUUGGCGGCGACCUUGUUUGGGUGUUGAUGGGGUCGGUGAUUCGUCUGACCAUGCAGAUGGGGCUGCAUCGCGAUCCCAAACACCUCCCGACGAUGUCGUUACUCCAGGCUGAACUCCGGAGGCGGCUUUGGGCUACGGUGCUCGAGAUGGCAAUACAGUCGGCCCUGGACUCGGCGAUGGCGCCCAUCAUCUCCCUAGACCAUUUUGACACCGAAGCACCUUCCAACUGCAACGACGAUGAGAUUGAUGGGUCGACGAUCGAGCUGGUGGCUCAUCCGAGAAGCAUCUACACUAGUUCCUCCAUACAGCUUAUCCUCCUUGACUCGAUGCCGACACGCCUCCGCAUUCUCCAGCUAGUCGGCGGCCUUAAACCGGAACUGUCCUACCAGGACGCGCUUUCACUGAGCGCGGAAGUGACUGAAUCAUAUUGCGCAUACAGGAAAUUCGGCCAAGAGAACAUCCACUCGGGUAUGACCCCAUUCCACCGGAAUCUGAUCGAUUAUUUCGUCCGCCGAUUUCUAAUCCCCCUCCACUGUUUAUUUGCCAGCAAGGUGCAGGCCAACCCGUUGUUCUACUAUUCUCUCAAAGUCAACCUAGACGUUGCUAUGGCCAUCGUCUCUCCCGAACCAGACGACGGCUUCUCACGAAUCAUGGCUACCGGAGGGGGGCUGUUCCGCGAGGGAUUAUGGUAUGCAACAUCCAUCAUCGACCGCGAGAUUCUGUCGCAAGUUUCAGUGCAGCGUCGAGAGGGGACACUGCAUCGCAACGCCCAGCACCGAGAGCUUCUCAAGCAAGCCGUGAGGGAUAUGAUCUCUUUGGCGGUAGCGAGGAUGCACCAAGGUGACACCAAUGUCAAGACUCACAUGUUUCUCAGUAUGAUACUGGCACAAACCGAAGCUACGGAAGAAGGCGUGCCAUGUGAGCUCAUGAUUGCACAAGGAGCACGGGAUAGCCUGCGGUUAUGCCACGAUAUGUUGCAGACACAAGCCGGCACGGAGCCGGUGCCGUAUGACGACCACGCGGGCGUCACGUUCUCAACUUUGGACGGGGUGCCGGAAAACUCGCUUUGGGACUUGGACCUGGAAUACUUUCUGCCUGAUCUGGGGCUUUCGUAG